ACUUUUGUAGAUGAGUAUGGAAAAGACAACAACAGAAGAGAAGAACACAAUGGUGAAAUAUCGAUUAGUUUACAGAUGACCGAUACUGAAGAAUCCAAACAGGACACCAAUGUUUCUGAAAUGAAAGACACAAAACAAAAGAAGGAGUCUUUCGUGGAAACCCUGAAUUUAGGGUUAUUUAAAGACUUUGCGUUUAUUGUUUUAGGAAUAUGCCUAUUUAUUCUAAUGAGUCUUCUGCCAUCGAUAAACUUUUUCUUUGUGGACAUGACUAUUUCUAAAGGAUUUGAUGCCCAAACUGGAUCCUAUCUUCUUUCCCUUAUUGGACUGUCCAGCUUGGGAGGACGCUUUCUCUACCUCUUCGUGAGACCUGUGGUGAAGGUGUCCCAGGUGACUGUGUUUGCUACUAUGUGCAUGGUGCUCGCAGGAAGUCUGUUGCCCCUAGUGUUGGCAAACACAUACCCAAGCCUAGUCGCCGCUGUCGUGUGUUACGGCAUCCCCUUUGGGUCGUGUUCAGUAGCCUACCCAACACUCAUGUACGAAAUAGCAGGACCCAAACGCUACGCAUCAGCUGUGGGCUAUUGUGAAACGAUUUGCGGUUUGGGAGCAUUCUUAGGAGGCCCUAUUGCAGGGACAGUGAAGGAUAUCACCAACUCAUACGAUGGAGUAGUGUUCAGUACUAUGGCUGCCAUGGCUGCUUGUGGCGUCGCUUUCUACACAGUCGCAGUCCGACAGAGAUGUUCACAACACCUCAACAAGGAAACUGUCUCCACCCACCUGUGACCAAAUACUGUUGAACACAGUUCUCACACUUUGCCGUCCAUGCUUAAUUUAUUUUCAAUCUCCAGCCUCAAACAGGGCUGGAAUACUAGAAACAUUGGCGGAAAACCCAACUCACUCACUUGUAGUUGUCCCAGUUAAAAAACUGGCUAUUAUUCAGAUUCGACUUUUAAUAAUUCCGUAUGAUUGUAAUGCAAUAGCUCAUAUGUACCACCAAACGCACCAAAAAGAUGGCUAUAUAUUCCUGAAAAACAACACUUGGUUCACUGUAUAGUGUUCGCAUUC